AUGCAUAGAUAUAUCGGGAAGACGAGUCGCAAGUUUGACAGCGACUUUGCGAUUUACGACUACCGGAAGUUCGACUUUGGCAUGGCGAAGUUCUCUGCGCUGAAUCUCGCGAGCAUGAGCGACGCCGCUUGCAUCGUCUUGGGAGACGACCCGUGCUGCCGUCAAGAGGGGAAGGAAAGAAUCAAUGAAGAGAAACGCGCGCGCGGCGCGGCGAUCGUCGAGUCGCUCGUCGGCCGUGCAAGCGAGCCUCGCACCGCCGAAGUGAAAAAACUCGCGCAGAGCAGCGACGGCGCCCGCGCGGACGCGUCUGCCGCGCCGCACGAUCGGCGUACGCAGCCUGCUGGGAAGCAAAUCGGCGUUUCGCCGGCACGUCCGCUGGGCGAUGGAGCGGAAUACGGCGCUGAGGGGCGGCUCCCCGCAGCCGGGCGCGAGCGUCAGGAGGCCCUGCAGAAGGCAGGCGAAGCGAAGGAGAAGAUGACGCUCGAGUCCCUGAUCGACGCGAUGGAACAGAGCCAGGAGCGUGGGGCGGAGGCGACGAACGCGCGCGGAGAUGCGCUCUCGCAGAAACGAAAGGAAAUGAAGUUUCAGGUCCUCCACCUCGUCACCUCGGAUGACAUCGACCUGCUGCCCUACAUGCACCAGCGCGAGAAGGCCGCGGCCUCUGCGGCAGCCUCUGAGGCGGCAUCCGGGUUGGCCUCGGGGUCUGCGUCAGGCAUUCCUCUAAAGCCUCCUGCGCACCCGUUGAUCAAUCCCAGACUCGUGGUUCACGUGGGCAAGGGCGUGAACUGCACGCUGCAUCAGACGUUCGUCUCGCUAGUCGAUCUUCUCCCCGAGACCGAUCAGCAGAGGCUCCGGCGCGAGCGCGAGCGACAGGAGAAGGCCCGACCGGCUUAUAUGCGAGGGCGCGGCCGCGGAGGAUUCGUCAACUCGAACACGCGCAUUGUCCUCGAGGAAGGCGCCGAGCUGCACCACAUCUACGACCAGGAGCAGGCCGCGGACUCCUGGCAUAUCGAGAACCUCAGCGUGCAGAUGGACAGAAACAGCACUUACGUGCUCCGACACAUCGAUCUGGGCGCUCAAGCCGGCCGCUUCAACCUGCAGGUCGAAGGCGCGGAGUCGAGUCGCCACGUGUCGCUCGGUCUGGCUGUGCUGAAUCGCCAGCAGGAGCACGGCAAGUAUGAGAUGUUCCAUCAUUUGAAGCCUCGCGCCGAGACUUCGCAGGUGAUGAAGUCUCUGAUCGGCGGCAAAGCUCGCGCAGUCUGGCGCGGGCGCAUUCGCAUCGAGCGCGACGGCGUGGGGGCCGCCGCGGAGUCGCUCAACCGCGUAGUGCUGCUCGACGAAGGCUCGCGAUGCGUCGCGAUUCCAACUCUAGAAAUCAUCCCAGAUGACGUAGUCAAAGCAAACCACGGCGCGAUGAUUCGCGACCUCGACACGGAACCGCUAUUCUUCCUGAUGUCCCGCGGCAUCGACGAGUUGGAAGCGCGAAAAAUGCUCAUGAAGGCAAGUUCAGACUUGUCUCCUUUGAGAAUUACCUGA